CUCCCUGCCUCCACCGUCAGGCCUGCCGGCGGUUUGACGUCCACCGUGCUCGCACAAGGGAGUGGCAACGGGAAUACCCAUAGUGUCGGCCACAUUUUGUCGACCUUCGUGUGAGGGAGGGGCGGCACUAUACUUACAUACAUGCAUGUAGAUUUUCGUUACUGCCCAUUGUUCCAACUUCCAAAAUUAAUUUGAGAGAUCAGGUCUACUAAAUUUCAUGUUUCUAUUGCGUACAUAUGCUAGUUAAUUGAAGGCCGACCAAUUAGUUACCACGAACGAAGCUAGUAUCAUAUAUUCAAGCUUAGACAACUAGAAGUAAAGCAAAUAGCACAAUGGGUUCAUGUGCUUCCAAGUCAGCUCUUGAGCAUCGUCGGACGGAGAGGCACUACACAACAAGGAGGGGCAGAAGAGGGCGCAGCAAUCCCCGGACAGUGAUGCCGGAUGGGCCCAAACCACGAAUUGUGGAUGCAAGAGGGCGCACCACUGACUUCUCGAUGAGUGAGAUAGUCCAUGUUGAGUCAGCGCGCAAGUCGGAUCAUUCCAAGACGUUCCAACUCACCCAGAUGGAGUGGCACCACAGCGAGCGAGAUUCCAGUGGUUGCUGCAAAGAAGACGCCUGGUUCGACUCUGUUAGCAUCCUUGACGACCAUUCUGAUGAGGAGGAAUUCAAGAGCUUAGAUGGAGAUUUUUCCGAUGAUGAAGAAGAAGAUGAGGAGCAGAAUAAGCGAGAGAAGGCAUCACGUUUUGCUGAUGCUCUCUCCCGCAUCGUCGAAUUAUGGCGGGGUGUCCCCAUGACAUUGUCAAUUGAACAAUAUAUGAAAAGAGAUGAUGGUGGUGAUGAUCCUGCACAUAGGAGCCAAAGCAUGGAAAUAUGUGCCAACAAGUGUAUGGCAAGUUCCAAGGAGAAAAAUGAUGUAGAGGACAAGAACGACAAGGAUCCUAGCACCCCGUCUCGCAUACGCAAGCUGCUACAUUCCAUCAGUUUCAAUGAAAAGAUGCAACAACUCACCUGUGUCAGUCCGGCGAAGAGGAAGUCUACAGUUAUACGGCUCUCCUAUAGGAGGACACCAUGCGACGAGGACUCCCAAUGUGGUGGUGACAUCGGUGAAUCAAAGAAAUAUGUCAUCCGACCCAAGGGAGGGAUGACGAUCCCAUCUGGAGGGGAAAAGCCCACACCCGGAAGAUGGUCACGGAUUGAUCCAUCCAUCUUCAAACUAAGGAGUGAAACAUUCCUCAGAGAUAAGAAAAAAUGUCCAGCUCCGAACUAUGCCGCAUACUACCCUAUAGGCGUUGACUUGUUUGCGAGCCCCAAGAAGGUUUCGCACAUUGCCGAACACAUUGAUCUUCCACAGUUCAAACCACACCACAAGCUCCCGUCACUGUUGAUUGUCAACAUCCAGAUGCCUACCUAUCCUGCUGCUAUGUUCCUUGGGGACAGCGAUGGAGAAGGGUUCAGCCUUUGUUUAUACUUCAGACUCUCUGAGUACUUUGACAAGGAGGUUUCAGAGCAUUUCAAGGAAUCCAUCGUGAGAUUUCUUGAGGAUGAAUGUGAGAAGGUGAAAGGUUUUGCAUCAGAAUCUACAAUGGCAUAUAGAGAUCGGUUGAAAAUCAUGGCUGGAUUGGUUAACCCAGAUGAUCUUCAGUUGAGUUCCACAGAGAAAAAGCUUGUGCAAGCAUACAACGAGAAGCCAGUCCUUUCCCGCCCUCAACAUAGUUUUUAUGAGGGUGAGAACUACUUUGAGGUAGAUCUUGAUAUACACCGGUUUAGCUACAUCGCAAGGAGGGGAUUGGAUUCAUUUAGGGAACGCCUGAAGAGUGGCAUCCUUGAUUUGGGUUUGACAAUUCAGGCCCAGAAGCAAGAGGAACUCCCUGAGCAGGUCCUUUGUUGUGUUAGGUUGAACAAGAUAGACUUCAUAAAUCAUGGGCAAGUUCCAACGAUUGUCACAUCCGAUGAUAAGUGAUAUACUGGAUUGUAGCGGUUGCCUUGUUGAAGUUGUUGGAAGGCUAGAUAUGAAGAUCUAGAGGAACAAAACAAAAAUCAAAAUUCUAUGAAAAUUCCGCACCUCAUGUGUUCAUCUAGAGGAACAAAACAAAAAUCAAAAUUGCUCUGUUGCCUGCUUUCAUAGGUAGGGACAUUUUUGAUACAUAUAAUAUAUAACUAUAGCAGCAAAACAUGUGAACUUCUCUUGUUUCGGUAAUGUUUUGGCAAGAUAAUUCUUAAACAAUUUUUGUAAUGACGCAUAUGAUGUACCUUAUAACAGAUAUUGGUUCGGCACAAUAUUUUCUUGUAAA